AGUUACAAUAAAACAUGAGCGUAGAGCAGAGAUAAUGCCAUUUAUUUUUUAGGGCAGUGAAAAGAAAUCACUAGAACAACAACAACAACACAGCUGCAAUGAAAAAUGCAUGCGUGAAAAAUUGGUUAGACAGCGUAGAGCUGAUAUAAUAAUGAUUAGUUUGGAGUUCGUCAUAAAGUGAUUGGUACUGUGGCUGUUAAUAAUUUAUAUGUCCUAUCCAAGCCUAUUUAUUCUCCCCUGAGUUGAAUGUUUUAUUACAGCGAGAACACAGGGCCGUAGAAGUUAGGGGUAGGCUUAUGGAUCAGCUUCGAUGAUGUGGGCUUCGAUUUUUAAGGUGACAUCCCUUCUGAUCUUAUUCAAUUCAGAGUCCACAAAUGGCAGCCUUGCAUCGAAUGUGGCUUUGGGAAAACCGGCCGUUCAGUCAAGUUUAUUCUCGAGCAAUGGUCUUGCCGAACAUGCCGUGGAUGGCAACAGAAAUGGCAGAUACUUUGACCUAUCGUGCACCGAGACAAAAGUGCAAUCAGAUCCUUGGUGGAGGGUUGACUUACAAAAAAGCUACGUAAUUCUGCGACUGUUUAUUGUAAACAGGGCCGAUUGUUGUAACCACAGGCUCGACAAUUUUGAGAUUCGCAUCGGAGAUAGCCUGGAGAAUAAUGGUAAUGACAACCCUACUUGUGGGGGAUCAUACAUCAUCCCAAAAAAUGGGUCAAUCGCCUGCCACACCCUACUCAAGGGCCGGUACGUCAAUAUCUGGAUCCCCGGGCCAAAUAGGCUACUGACUUUGUGUGAAGUAGAGGUGUAUCCAUUCAUUGAAGCGGACCAUUUCGACAAAGUCUACUUAAACCUCGCCGGUCACGCACUCACUCGCCACAUCAUCACUGCAUUGGACAGCGGCGUGUCUGUGUGGUCAUGCGCAAUGCAGUGUAAUGCUUAUCCUGGCUGCGUCUCCUUCAACUAUGACGUCACUGCAGGGGUUUGUCAGCUGAGCAAUGCAGUAAAAGCCGAUCAAGCGAGCGACCUCGUCCCUAGCAUCUCAUUUGUGUACCAUGAGCGCGUUCAAUCCCAAGAAAUUUCAGCGAAAGAUACCCUUUAAAAGAAGACGCCGAAUGGCCACCACCCUUUUGAAUCAAUGUACUUUCAACUCACGCAAAGAAUUGUCUAUAGACAUUUUAUUGGUCAUCACUUAGUAGUCGCAUACGACACCUUCAUGCAAAUUGCUGACCAAUUAAUUUUCAAAAGACUGGGCCAGGUUAUUCUCUACUAGAAGAGGUUUCUGAAAUGUUUAGCAUUGGAUUCCGUCAGUGGAACGAUUUGAAGUUGAUGUAUUGGUUAUCACUUAGAAUCAAUGUACUUUCAACUUACGCAAAGGAAUUUAAAUAGACAAUCUGCGUCUUGGAUUCCGUCAGUCGAACGAUUUGAAAAUUUUAUUGGUCAUCACGUAGUAGUCGUAUACGACACCUCUAUGCAAACCGCUGACAAAUGAAUGUCCAAAAGACUGGGCGCCAGAAGGCUCAGCCAUGUUAUUCUCUACUUGCAGAGGUUUCUAUGGCGCACAUUGUAAGUCAUUGUAAAUCAUAAUAAGCAUUCCAUUCUGAAGAUGGUACCACC